AUGGCCCACGAAUUAUUAGCUUCUUGCCUGCUGGUCUCCCGUUACUUUCAUCAGGCCCUCGAACCUAUCUUCUUCAGCCACCUCUACCUCGUCUACGACAAGACCCGUCGGCCCUCUCCUGCACUCAUCCAGUCCCAGUAUCUCCACCGUAUCCGUCACCUCUUCACGAUCAACUUCAUCUCGGUCGACUAUCUCCUGCUCGACUUUCGAAACUUGACCUCAAUCAGUCUGAAGGGCUUUGUCUAUCGUGGUAGCUACGACUACGACGAGGAUGACGAGGUUUCAGAUCCUGAUCAAGUUGGCAGUGCUGACGAGAUCAUGAGUGUAGAGUUUGCGGAUAUCAUAGGACUCUCCGUCCUGGCACAACUCGAGUUUCUUGCGCGAUGCCCCAACGUCCAAAAGAUCCAUUGGCAAUCAACCACACGACGCAGCCAGUAUGUGAAACACUAUCGACUGCUGGAACAGGAUAAUGUCAUUUCUGUGAACCAACCCCUGCCAAGCACAGACGACAUUCGCCGAUUCAUCCAACCCGGGACAUGGAUGCAUCUCCGGUCGUUGGUCGUGUCGGGGGUAUACAGCCCAUACUAUGGCAAAGCGCUCGAGUUUAUUCAGGACGAAGGGUUUGCCCACAUACUCGAGUCAAUCCCCACACAGCACCUUAUGGAACUGGACUGCAGUGGCACCGCCUUUGAACCGUUGGGGCUAGAGGCAUUGAAGAGGCACUGCGAUGUUUUGAGGCUACUGGUGAUCAAACGGUCAUCAAGCUUCACAAGCGCCUUAGUUCAAGAGGCCUUGGAGUCGUUCCCAAAGCUGACGUCCUUGCCAGUGGAUCAUCUGUCGGUUGAAGAUGUUGAGCGCGGCAGACCUUGGGCAUGCCUGAACUUGAGGGUGCUCAUAGCGCAGUUCGAUAUGAGUGGAGCAGUCGAUGUGGAGGACGACCAGAGGCGUCACCGAUUGCUGUUUGACAGGAUUUCGACGUUGGCUGGACUAGAACGGUUGACUAUUACUGGUCGGUGUUGUCAUGGCUCCAAGGCCUCAAUUCCGCAUCUCUCAUGA